AGGUAACUAAAUAAAAUGAACAACAUACAUGUAUUACCCUAGGUUUCACCAGAAAGAUCAUAAUCGAAGAACAUAAAGUUUUAUAUGAAUUGUAAUUUGGUUCGAGUUUUAUAAUGUAUUCAAGGACUUUUCUGUCUUCUUUGUUUUUGUGGAGAAACGUUAAACAUUUGUCAGACGUACAUGAUAGUGGUACUUAAUGACACUGGACUUUUGAACAAGUGCGCUGUCGUAUACAUUAUACCCUGAUAACACGCGGUACACAGGAUACGGUGGAUGGGACAUUACGUCGUAAAAUCAUGUCGAAUAGCAAAUAUGACUUCGUUUUACAGGAUUCGGACACAGAAUCAAGUGCCAAUAAUUAUAUCGACUCAUCUACCACAGAGUUAUUUGAUGGUUCCAGACGAAAAAAGCGGUCAAGAUCAAUCGUCAUAGCUGUCCUCGUAAUCAUUGGAUUAGCUGUUAGUCUUGGUGUUGGGUUAGGGGUCGGACUAAGAAAAAAAACCCCUGAUAAUUCCCAGGAACAGUCUGCCACAGCUGCACAACAAAAUGGUACAACGAAAAACCCUGGUGGACCCACCACUUCAGCACCAGGGAUCUCAACUGCAACCACACCAUCCACUGGAUCCACCACAUCAAUGUUUUCAUCUACCACUCCACCAGAGAAGCCUACCACUACAGAUACAGGGAAAGCCUGGAUUGAUGAACCAUGCAAACCUCAUGAUUCCACACCAAACACAUGCCCCUGGAGCACCUCUCCUGUCCUCCUGGUCUCACUUGAUGGCUUUAGAGCAGAUUACUUGACAAGGAACCUUACUCCCACAUUAAAGAAACUAAGCCAGUGUGGAGUCCAUACUCCUUAUAUGAGAUCUGUGUAUCCAACCCUGACAUUUCCAAACCAUUACAGCAUUGUCACCGGUCUAUACCCUGAGUCUCAUGGGAUUGUUGACAACAACAUGUAUGAUGAAAAAAUCAAUGACACCUUCCACAUUUACACCGAUGCCAAGAGCAAUCCAGCAUGGUGGGGCGGAGAACCUUUAUGGAUAACAGCACAAAAGCAAGGAAAAAAGAGUGCAGCAUUCUUUUGGGUUGGAUCUGAUGUCAACAUCAGUGGCCAGUAUCCUGAUAUAUGGAAACACUAUGAUGGGAAGGUAUCAUAUGAGGAAAGAGUGGACACUGUGCUGGACUGGCUAAGUAUGAGUAACAGUGACCGACCAGACUUUGUCAUGCUGUACUUUGAUGAACCAGACCACACAGGUCAUGAUGUGGGGCCAGAUGGACCAGAGGUGAAUGAAAUGUUGGGAAAGAUGGACAACAUAAUCUCCCGUCUUAUGAAUGGACUUUACAGAAAACAAAUCCACAACUGUGUAAAUCUGAUCAUUCUGGCAGACCAUGGUAUGGAGAAAACAUCAUGCAAUCGUCGGGUAUUUUUGAAUACCUACAUAGACACUAAAGAAUAUCUUGUAUUUGAUGGAACUAUUGGCAGCUUACACACCGACUUCUAUACGGAAAACAAGGUGGUGAAGAGAAAGAAGAACCCAUUGUCUGUAGAAGAUGUAAUGGGAAUGUUAAAGUGUAAAAGUGGACAUCUACAAAUGUUUUCAAAGUCUGACAUCCCAGUCAGACACCAUUACACCAACAACAAAAGGAUAGGCGACAUUGUCAUGGAUGUACAGGCCAAAUGGAUGGUGGCCAAAGAUAAACAUACCUAUUGCUUAGAGGGGAACCAUGGAUUUGAUAACUUAUACAAAAGCAUGCAGGCUUUGUUUCUGGCACAUGGUCCAGGAUUCAAACAGAAUUAUACCUCUCAGCCAUUUGAAAAUAUUGAGUUGUAUAAUCUGAUGUCAGAUUUAAUGGGGAUCAGUCCAGCCCCUAACAAUGGAACCCCUGGAGCUCUUCAUGAUAUUAUGCACAAUCCUUCUACACUACAGACAACACCCAUAGUCAGUUACAGGGAUUGUCCUGUAUCCUCAGUGAAUACUGCCACCCCAAAGAUCAGCUGUAGCUGUAAUAUGAGUUCCCCUGCAGUGUAUCCCCAAUCAGUAGACAGUAACAAGUCCCUGCCGCUGGGGGAGAUAAAACAGACAAAGGAUCUGGAGGCCUGCAUCCUUCACAACACAGACUACUCCACAGGCUUCAGCCACAUGUACAAUAUGCCAGUGUGGACAUCUUAUGUACUCAAAGACAGCCAGAAUAUUAGUAUGAAGGAUAACUGCAUAAUCACGGAUGGAAGAAUUCCUGCAAAUAACAGUUUUCCUUGCACCACUUAUGAGAAUGAAAAUGUGACAUACGCUUCUCUGUUUAAUAGUGGAUUUAAAUCUGACAGCAUGAAUAACGAGUCAAGCUUCAGUUCUAACAUUGCGCCUAUGUUUCGAGGCUUUAAGUCUGGAAUAUGGACGUACUUGUGGAGAAUAGUAUCUGAUUUUGCUCGACAGCGGGGGGAUCUUGCUGUAACUCUAGGUCCAGCGUUUGAUUAUAAUGAAGAUGGACUGUAUGAAGGAAUAACACCCCAAACACAAUAUGUGGAUGUUGGUUCUAAGAAAAUUCCCCUUCCCACGCAUUUUUAUGUGAUCUUGGUCCGAUGCACAAACUUGACCCUCAAGAGCUGUCCUGUGGAGGAUCUGGAUAUAUUGUCCCUUAUUCUGCCAAAUAUACCGUCUGUCCCAAAUUGCAUGCCAGAGGAGGAAUAUUUACGUGAGAACGUAGCAAGAAUCCGGGACAUUGAGCUGCUUACUGGUCUGAGGUUCCUAAAUAAGUAUGAUGAGCGGACCUCAGCUCGCCUGAGGACUUACCUGCCCAGUGCGCUUUGGCCUACACAGAAUAUAGCCUACAAAUGGAGUGAUCUCCCUUGUGAAGACAGUAGCCAGAGCACAUGUCCUGGCAAAAUUCCACUACUGCUGAUUUCACUGGAUGGGUUCCGUGCAGACUACCUGAAACAGAGGCUGACUCCAGUCAUUCAGAAGAUGAGAGAUUGUGGUGUCCACACCCCCUACAUGAGAUCUGUGUAUCCCACUGUCACCUUCCCCAAUCACUACACCAUUGCCACGGGCUUGUAUCCUGAAUCCCAUGGCAUUAUAUCUAACAACAUGUAUGACCCAGAGAUUGGGGUGUUCUCCCUGUCCAGUGUGACAAAGCUAGAUCCCCGCUGGUGGGGAGGGGAACCACUGUGGAUAACGGCGAAGAAACAGAAGAAGAGAACAGCCACUUAUUUCUGGCCUGGGUCUGAUGUCAACAUAUCGGGAAUUUAUCCAGACAUUUGGAAAAUGUACAGUAACAAGGCUGGGUUUCCUGAGAGAGUGUGGGAGGUUAUAGGUUGGCUUACAUUAGCAGAGAAUGAAAAGCCAGAUUUUAUCACCUUGUAUUUUGACCAGCCAGAUCACGCUGGACACCAGGGCGGUCCAGAGAGUGAGGAAGUUAGUGACCAGCUUCUGGACGUAGACGACAUGUUGUCCCGAUUGAUGGACACACUGUAUCACAAAGGACUACACAACUGUGUCAACAUCGUCAUCAUUGCUGAUCAUGGGAUGGAUGAUGUGAGUUGUUCACAAGUUGUGAAGCUACCAAAUUAUAUGAGCAAGGAUGUGAUUGAUGACCUGACAGUGUUUGGUGGAACAUUUGGAAGAGUGCAGACCAAGUUCCACAAAAAGUCGAAGUACAAGAUAUUUCCAAAUGAUCAAAACAAUACCAGAUCAGUUGAGGAGGUUGUGGGGGACUUGAUGUGCCAGCACCCCAAGAUGAAAGUCUUCACAGGGGAGACAAUCCCCAAACGCUUCCACUACUACAACAACCCCCGCAUGGGAGAGAUACUGCUGGAUAUGUAUGAUCAGUGGUUGGUUACGGACACAAAGUAUUUUUACUGCUCUGGAGGAAACCAUGGAUGGGACAACUUAUAUAAAACAAUGCAUGCACUGUUUCUCGCCCAUGGCCCAGGUUUUAAACAAAAACUGCAGAUAGAUCCAUUUGAAAACAUUGAACUUUACAACAUGAUGUCGGAAUUGUUGGGUAUUUCCCCAGCUCCUAAUAAUGGUACUAGGGGGUCCCUUCAUCACAUCCUUAGGAACCCACCCCCUCUGUCUGCAGCACCCCAGGAAGCGGACCAGAAAGACUGCCCUGUAUCUGUCAACUCCAACAGUAUGUGGGUCCCAGUGUGUGGAUGUGUCAAUAAUCAGAACGAAACGGUGAACAAUUUGAUGUCAGAACAUUUUUCCUCCUCACCAGUAUGGUCUUCCAUUGGUCAACCUGAGGGGUCAGGGAACUUGUCCUUGUGUGUCCUAAACUACACCUCCAUGGAGACUGGCUAUAAUACUGACCUCCAGAUGCCAGCUUGGACAAAUUUAGUUUUAUCAUCGAGGAAGAUCUCUACAAGUAGAAAUGGGACAUCAUGUAUUGUGAAUGAUCCCCGAGUUCCAGAGACAUCUUGUGAGGACUUCACAGAGCAGUCUAGAAAUAUCACCAUAGGUCUCCUGUAUGAUACAGAUGCAUUUCAUCCUGGAGGUAGGAAAAGUGUCCAUUACAGUUCUAAUGCUGUUCCAAUGUAUGAAGGAUUCAAAUCAGGUAUCUGGAAUGCAACUUGGAAGCUGGCUUAUGACUAUGCUUUGAAAUACAACAAUGUCAGUAUCACCGUCGGCCCUGCUUUUGACUACAACAAAGAUGGACUUGCUGAUCAAUCAUUUAAUGAAUCGAGUCACGUUAGGAAUGGCAGUUCAGUUGUUCUCCCCACACACUUCUACAUGAUGAUGAUUAAAUGUAAGAAUUCCAGCCAGACGUUACCGUGUGAUGACAAUUUUGACAUCCUGUCUUUUAUUCUUCCUCAUGUGGAUACAGUUCCAAACUGUAUGAUGGAGGAGGAGUACUGGUCCGACAAUGUCGCCCGCGUGCGAGACAUAGAACUGCUGACGGGACUUCAGUUCUUCUCCUCCUACAACACCUCCACACGUGCACGACUUACCACAUUUUUACCCGUCAACUUGUGGAAAUCGAUGACACAGAAGUGGAUAGAUACGCAAUGUGGAUCUGGGACAUGUAAUUCUCAAUAUCAGCCUCUGCUUCUGAUUUCUCUUGAUGGCUUUCGAGCAGAUUACCUGAUGCGUAAUUUCACUCCAUACAUCCGGCGUCUGAGUCAGUGUGGUGUCCAUGCCCCCUACAUGAGAUCAGUCUACCCGACGAAGACCUUUCCUAAUCAUUACUCCAUUGUCACGGGACUUUACCCAGAAUCACAUGGUAUUGUGGAUAACAAUAUGUAUGAUACGGACAUCAAGGAAAAAUUUAGCCUUAGUUCUCCAAAUGCAUCAGACCCUCGUUGGUGGGGUGGGGAACCAAUAUGGAAUACAGCUCAAAAACACAUGAAGAAGUCUGCAACUUACUUCUGGCCUGGAUCUGAACAUGAAAUUGAAGGCAUGCGUCCUGAUUAUUACAAAGAAUAUGAUGGUAAUGUUCCAUUUUUGAAGCGAGUGGACACUGUCCUUUCCUGGAUUGACCUGCCAGCUGAUAAACGUCCGGAUUUUAUCACACUAUACUUUGAUGAACCGGACCAUGCUGGACAUUCCUUCGGUCCUGAUGACAUCGUAAAGAUUGGACAAGCCCAGACAAGAGUUGAUGAGGCUGUGGGCAGAUUAAUGGAAGGGCUGUUCAAAAGAAACAUGCAUGAUUGUACCAACAUUAUUAUCGUAGCUGAUCAUGGAAUGGCUGAUACAGACUGUGAUCGGCUGAUCACCUUCAGAGAUUACCUCACUAGUGUUAAUAACGUGUAUAUAUACGAGGGACCAUUCAGCAGGAUUGAUCCGUACCAUAAGUAUUCUAAUACGGGACUACGCCCAGUAACACACCCCUACACAGUGUCCGGUAUCCUAGCCAAUUUAACUUGUAAAACACCACAUUUUAAAGCCUUUGAUAAAAACCUUCUACCUGUUCGUCACCAUUAUGUCAACAACAAGAGAAUUGAACCAAUAGUUGUGGAUGUGGAGGACAAGUGGUUAGUGACUUUCAGGGCCCUGCAAGGUUACAAAAAGACUUACUGUAAGGGAGGUAACCAUGGUUAUGACAACUUGUAUAAAUCAAUGCAGGCUUUGUUUCUUGCCCAUGGACCAGUAUUUAAACAGAACAUGGCAACAUAUGCAUUUGAAAACAUUGAAUUAUACAAUUUAAUGUCUGAUAUCCUUAAUAUAACAUCUGCACCAAACAAUGGAACUCAAGGAACUCUGAAUCACAUAUUAAGAAAUCCAAAGAGAUUAACCAGGACAGAGGGAAAUAAGGAGGACCGGAACACGACUAAAGUGAAGGCAUCCGAGUUCGUCACUGCUGUUGAUAAUCCAAAUUGUCGUCAAAUGUGCUCAUUUCUUCCAGAAAAGAUGUAUACAAUAGGAAGAUUUCUUGCACUGAGUUCCAAAAUUACAGACAUGGAUGUGUCUGAUCAGCUUCCAUUUGGAGUUCCUUCUGUUCAACUUCAAGGGGUGUCCUCUAAAAUUCUGUACCAGGACCAAUACAUAACUGGAUACAGUGACCUUCUGCAGCGCCCUCUAUGGAUUGCAUACUCAUUAAAGAAAGCACAGGUGAGUGAGACUGUGCCAGACGCUUCCUCCUGUGUAGUUCCAGACAUGAGGGUCUCCUCUAAGUUGAACAGCUCCCAGUCCUGUAGCACUAAUGGCUCCCUUGACAGUCAGUAUAGAUGGACGUCACUUAUAAGUCUAGUGCCAUCGUCACUUAAUCAGCCAGAAUUGAAUUCCUUCUCUUCAGUUUAUGUUCCUAUGUUAAAUGCCUUCAAAAAUGGAAUAUGGAGAAGCUUACACAAUAAAAUUGGAAAAUGGUCCAGAUCACAUGACUCUGUAAAUGUGCUGACAGGACCAGUGUAUGAUUUGAACCACGAUGGUCUUCCAGAUCUGCAGUUUAAUCAAUCUAUGCAAAUCCCCAGUCAUUUCUAUGUUAUUCUCUCUCGCUGUCCAUCUCCUAACCUGUCCUGCCAGUCACCUAUCACAUUAUCAUUUAUCCUGCCCCACAUAGAGAAGGACACCAACUGUUUGUCGGUGGAAGAUUACCUUAGCGACAAUGAAGCGCGAGUGAGAGAUGUAGAAUUAAUUACAGGACUAGAAUUUUUCACUGAGUUACCGGUGGAUAGUGCUAUCAGAACCAGGACUUACUUACCCAGUGGUUUAUGGUGAAUCACAGAAAACUGAAUCAGAAAUGUAUAGUGACAUUUUACCGAGUACUGUUGUGAGAUCAGAAGAUGUGCAUUAUCCGGAUUCAGAAUGGUAUCUACCUAGUCAUACACAUAGUACGUGUAUUUCAUAUGAUGCUUCUUCUCAUAGGCAAAAUUUCUUAGACAAUCAGAAACUUACGAACACUAGUGCUGCAUGUGAACUGCUUUUGGAUGGUAUUCAUUUCUGCAUGGAUAAAACAAUUCAUUGAGUCUGCUGCAUAUUUUCAAUACGUUGUGCUUCUUAGAAUAAAUUGGAUUAAAAAAAUCAAAGUUUUAGAUGCUACACAUUACUAUGACAAUGGAAUCUUCUGGAUUAAGGAUAAGAAUAAAGUUUUUAGAGAGCUUUUACAAAGAACUACAGUCUGUACAUGUUUGAAAAGCUGCAUAUGAUAUGCUUGUAUAAAUUAAGCUCUAAAGACUUUAAUGUGUAAUGUAUGUAUAUAUUGUGUUAAGUGUUUUACUUGUAUUAUUGUAUAAUCAGCAAUCAUAAAGAAGAAAAUUUAUGUAAUAAAUGUACAAUACAUGUUC